AUGCUCGAGCCUCGUGCCUUCCCCCCGCAUGACAGCGUUCCGCAGCUAGAGUAUGUGCUGUGCGCUGCGUACCAGCAAGACCAUGUACCAGUUCUAGUCGCCACUGCCGAACAGAUUGCGGACAGAUUCACUGCGCUCGAACCUGAACGACGUGCUUCGACCGGGAGCGCGGAGCCGAGGCGCGCCCCUACCUUGAUCGCUUCGGUGGGCGGCGUGGGACGCCGCCGCGUCUUCCGCGUCGACACCGGCAUUUCAAUGCCUCGGUCGGCAGCGCCAGGUCUUGGCAGCGCUCUCCACUUCCACUCUCGCGACAGCCCCCCAUGUCCCUCCGCGCUACGCAGCACACGUGCCCGAAAUCGACACGCCGAAGUGGCGGACGGUGAUAGCAUGGUCCAACGAGCCUCGAUAACGCGUCGCGGUCAUCAGCCGGUGUCGACCUCAAAUGGCGGCGGCCGCGGAUGCUGCGUCCAUGGCACUGCCAUCUGGGGGGUGGUUGCCAGCGUGGCGGCUGCCACCGUUGACUGA